AUGAACUAUGACAAGUUUGAAAGUUUGUUGAAAAUUCUCAGGCCACAUAUUCAAAAACAAAAUACCAAUUAUAGAUUGGCUAUUUCCGCUGAAGAAAGACUAUCAGUCUGCCUCAGAUUUUUAACUACUGCUAUCAGUUUCAAAGCGCUAGCUCACGAGUAUCGAAUGGGAUAUAGUACUGUACUUGUAAUUGUUCACGAAACUUGUUCCGCGAUAUGGAAGUAUUUACGGCCGCGAGUUAUGCCAAAACCAACAGCUGAGCUAUGGACCAAACUAGCAAAAGAAUUUGAAACUCAAUGGAAUUUCCCUAACUGCAUAGGAGCCAUAGAUGGCAAACAUGUUAAUAUAAGACCACCUUGGAACAGUGGCAGUCAAUUUUACAACUACAAAAAAUUUUUCAGUGUAGUUUUGUUAGCCGUAGCUGAUGCAAAUUACCGAUUCAUUGUAGUCGAUAUUGGAGCAUACGGUCGCAAUAGUGAUAGUGGCAUUUUAAGCAGCUCCAAAUUAGGACAAUCAUUGAAUAAUAAUACACUGGAUAUACCACCUAAUAAAUGUUUGCCAGGUACGACAGAAGCAUUGCCACAUGUUUUUGUUGGAGAUGAGGCUUUCCCGUUACAUGAACACAUAAUGAGACCUUUUCCUGGAAGCCAAGUGUCGACAGACGCCGAGAAGAAAAUAUUUAACUAUCGCCUAAGCCUUGCAAGACGUAUUGUAGAGAGCAGUUUCGGAAUACUAACACAAAAAUUUGAGAUUUUUCAAAAGAGAAUUAGAAUGCAACCCAAAUACCUGGACAUUAUGAUACUAGCGUGCACUUGUUUGCAUAAUUAUCUAAGAAAUGAUGAAAUAUUUGAGAACAUAAUUGAAACAGUGCCAAUAAAUAGUAUAUUACAAAAUCUUGAAGAGAAUACUGUUUCCCGAGAAAAUGCUAUGUGUAUAAGAGAUAAAUUUAAAACUUAUUUUAAUUCUUGUGGUGCCGUUUCUUGGCAAAACGAAAUGAUUUCUCGUAGUUAAAUAGAUUUAACAACAAAAUGGUGUAAAGCUUUACAAAAUACUGCGCCCUAUGUAAAAUAACGAGUUCUACGAUUUCCUGACGUCAUCGCAACAAUUUAGAGUUUUUUUUUUAUUGUAAUUAAAAUGUUGGUCCAGACGGGCGAAUUCGUCGCAAAUCCUACGCACGUAAAAUCAUACGUGGCGAAUUCGCCCUCCUGGACAGGCCGUAAAAAUGUUUUAUUUUAAUUUUCGAAUAAAAAUUAUUAAACGAAUACAUACCAGACAUAUUCAUUUCAGCGCCUACUUUUUGCCAAGCGUUAUUUUUUAUGUGUUUAUCGCUGUAAUGUCUUGAUUUUAUAUUGUAUAGGCAGUCGUACAUUUGGACUAAAUAAAUAAGCUUUUCUUCAUCCAUUUCCAUCACUUCUGUAUUCAACGCACUGCAAGGAAUGAAUGCGAAUACUCGCGCGCUCGCAACAGACGCGCGCGGGGAGCGGGCGCGAGUGGCGGGAUGUUGCCGGCGGCCGCUCGCUACUGCUAGAGCAUUCUCGGGAGUUCCCGCGCCUUCUCGCGCAGUCGCACGACUCCGUUCAUGGAAUUCGCGGGAAGUCCCGCGGCGCCGCGGGCAUUAGCUCGACUCGUUCGAGUUUCUCAUGCGAAAAUAAAUAUUAUAGUAAUGAGAAUAAAGUAAAAAUUCAAAUG